AUUAGGCGACACCAGUGACACAAUGUAAACAUAUGAAAAUGGUGUAGGCCACUCUUAUCCAAUCUUUUUUAAUACCUUACAUUGAACCUAUUCUGGAUUUUGGUUAUGGGUUUACUUACUUUAUUUGCUACCUUACUGAUAAAUAUGUAGUAAUGUUCUUAUCAUAUCUUUCCCAAUUUGUAAGACAAGUCAUUAAACAGUAACUUUUUUGGUCAAAAUAUCAUAUCAGUUACACACAACAAUAUAUGACCAAUAAGGAUGGUCACAUGACCUCUCUCCUUUCCUCACGACACAAAGAUCUAAACCAAGGAAGAUUCCUAUUCCGUUAGCUGAUGGUGCAGCAGCUUGGUGUGUAACACAUGUAGGGGUCAAUAUCAGUUGGACAUUUGUGGUAGGAUCUUGACUCACCAAUAUCAGCUUGGUGUGUAACACAUGUAGUGGUCAAUAUCACUCCCAUUAUUCAUGUGGUUUUGAUAAUAAUGUAUAUGUGAGAAAUUUCAAGGUGAUGUGAUUGCAGUUCAAAUUAUACAUUAGAAAAGUCAUCUAACGUUGAUUUCACUUCAAUGACGACUUCACUUAGCUCUCACUUCUUCCACUAUGCAAAACUACAUCCUUUCAUUAUUUAUACCAAUCUCCUCCCCUCUCACAUUUCUUAUAUCAAAAAUCGAUUCUUUCUUACAAAGUUUUCAUCAUGUCUGAACCCCUUUUGCGUUUGAAUUUUCUUUUGCUACUCUUACUCUCUUGUGUCUCCCCUUCAAGCCUCUUCACGUUUAAUAACCCUGUUGUUGGUCUUGGUGCUUGUGGUCCCCAUCAGAUUCAAGCCUUUACGCAGUUCAAGAACGAGUUUGAUACUCGUGCUUGCAACCAUAGCGACCCUUGGAAUGGAGUGUGGUGCGAUAACUCCACGGGCACGGUCACGAAGCUACAACUCGGGGCCUGUCUCAGUGGAACUCUGAAAUCCAACAGUAGCCUCUUCCAGUUUCAUCAGCUUCGUCACCUUUCUCUCUCUAACAACAAAUUCACCCCCUCUUCAAUCCUUUCCAAGUUUGGAAUGCUCAACAAAUUAGAGGUUUUAUCACUUUCAAGUAACAGCUUCCUCGGCCAAAUUCCUUUUUCAUUUAGUAACCUAAGCAUGCUUUCAGCUUUAGUCCUUCGCGAUAACGAGCUCACUGGUAGUUUAUCACUUGUGUGGAGUCUACGCAAGCUCACAUACUUAGAUGUUUCUCAUAAUCACUUCUCUGGAACUAUGAAUCCCAACAGUAGCCUCUUUGAGUUGCACCACCUCACUUACCUUAAUCUCGGUUUCAACAACUUCACCUCCUCUUCACUCCCUUAUGAACUUGGCAAUCUCAACAAACUAGAGUCAUUGGAUGUAUCCUCUAGUAGCUUAUUCGGUCAAGUUCCCCCCACAAUUAGUAACCUAACAUGCGAGUUGUACCUUACCUUCAACGACCUCAACGAUUGUCUCACAGUUGUACAAAAUCUAACCAAGCUCUCCAUUCUAGAACUUUCUGAAAAUCACUUUUUUGGAACCAUCCCUUCUUCUAUUUUCAAUAUGCCUUUCUUAUCAUAUCUUUUAUUAAGUGGAAACAAUCUCAACGGUUCAUUUGAAGCUCCUAACUCCUCUUCAACGUCAAUGCUAGAGGGUUUGUACCUAGGUAAAAACCAUUUUGAAGGAAAAAUCCUAGAACCUAUUUCAAAGCUCAUCAACCUCAAAGAACUAGACCUUUCUUUCCUAAAAAGAAGCUAUCCAAUUGACUUAAGUCUCUUCUCCUCUCUCAAAUCUUUGUUGCUCCUCGAUCUUUCCGGUGAUUGGAUAUCUCAGGCUAGUUUAAGUUCGGAUUCAUACAUUCCAUCAACCCUGGAAGCGUUGCGUUUGAAGUACUGCAACAUCAUAAAGACCCUUCAUAAUUUGGAGUAUAUUGCCUUAUCAAACAAUAGAAUCAGUGGGAAAAUCCCAGAGUGGUUAUGGAGCCUUCCUCGUCUGAGCUCAAUGUACAUUGGAGAUAAUUUGUUAACUGGCUUCGAAGGUUCAUCAGAAGUUUUAGUAAAUUCAUCGGUGCAGAUCUUAGUUUUGGAUUCAAAUAGUUUGGAAGGAGCGCUUCCGCAUCUACCGCUCUCUAUCAACUACUUCUCUACAAAAAACAAUAGAUUCGGAGGCAACAUUCCUCUUUCAAUAUGCAACAGAAGCUCGCUUGAUGUCCUUAAUCUAAGCUACAACAACUUCACCGGUCCAAUUCCUCCAUGUCUGAGUAACCUCUUGAUUUUGAUUCUUCGAAAAAACAACUUGGAAGGAAGUAUUCCAGACAAGUAUUAUGUUGAUACACCUCUACGGUCACUCGACGUUGGCUACAAUCGAUUAACGGGAAAGCUUCCAAGGUCUCUUCUAAAUUGCUCAGCUCUACAGUUUCUAAAUGUGGAACACAACCGAAUCAAAGAUAUAUUUCCUUUCUCCCUUAAGGCUUUACCGAAAUUGCAAGUCCUUAUCCUCAGUUCAAACAAAUUAUAUGGUCCUAUAUCUCCUCCUAAUCAAGGUCCUCUGGGAUUUCCUGAGCUGCGGAUACUUGAGAUAGCUGGUAAUAAAUUAACCGGAAGCUUGCCUCCAGAUUUUUUUGUGAAUUGGAAAGCAUCAUCACUCACUAUGAAUGAAGUGUGGGAUCUAUAUAUGGUAUAUGAGAAGAUUCUUUACGGGCAGUAUUUCCUCACCUAUCAUGAAGCUAUAGAUUUACGAUAUAAAGGUCUAUCUAUGGAGCAAGAGAGCGUCCUUACUUCUUACGCCACCAUUGAUUUUUCUGGAAACAGACUUGAAGGAGAAAUUCCUGAAUCUAUCGGUCUCUUAAAGGCACUGAUCGCACUCAACUUAUCGAACAACGCCUUCACAGGCCAUAUUCCUCUGUCUUUGGCCAAUCUUGUGAAGCUCGAGUCACUAGACCUAUCAAGUAACCAACUCUCAGGGACGAUUCCUAAUGGACUAGGGACUCUCUCGUUUUUGGAGUACAUAAACGUGUCCCACAACCAACUCAACGGUGAAAUACCACAAGGAACACAGAUUACUGGGCAACCUAAAUCAUCCUUUGAAGGAAAUGCAGGGCUUUGUGGUUUGCCUCUUCAAGAAAGUUGCUUUGGGACUAACACGCCACCAACACAGCCGACUAAAGAAGAGGAAGAAGAGGAACAAGUGUUGAAUUGGAAAGGCGUGGCAAUAGGGUAUGGGGUUGGAGUGUUACUUGGAUACAAACCGGAGUGGCUAGCUUGUCUGUUUAAGCGCAGAAACCAUUGAGAUCUAUUUUGUCAAGUUGUUGUUGGUAUUGUAUUGGAGCAUUUCUUUACGUUUGUUGUAUCUUUAUCUGAUGUUUUUGUUCUCUAUUAAGUAAGAAUGGUGAAUUCUCUUUAGAUUUUGUUUC